UUGGAUUUGUUGCUACCAAAUGACAUUAGCAAAGAAUCUGUUGAUUGUUGCGUCACAUAUUCGAUUUUCACGCACAACAUAAUGACUGACAGAGUGGGCGCAACAUCGCUCAGCACGGGUAGCAGUGCGUUAUUUAACCAGCGCACAUCGCUUCGGCUUAGGAGCGAGCUUUCUUCUCUUAACCGCUACUUUGCGGAGUGCCCGCAUCUAGUCGUGAAAGUUUGCGUCACCGAAAGAGAUGUCGGCGUGUGCAGCUUAGACUUGCGUAAGCUGGUGCCCACGGAAAGUCUGCAGCAGUUUGUCAGCGAGUUUUGCAACAGCGACCACUCGCUUACCAUACACGAGCGCUGCUACGUGUUGCGCUGCGAACAACGCGAUCAAACUAGUUCGCACACGCGUCGCCCCUACAUGGACGUCGAGAUCAGUCUGAAACAUAUCGGCCACAAGAAUAUUAAACAGAAACCCAACGCGUUAGCAGCUCGUAGUGUCACGCAUAUAGAGAGGGGAGCUACAGAAGCGGAAGUGCAGGUCAUGAUAGAUUAUAAGAGUGGGAGCUGUACUCACAUCGAUCGAGACGUGGGUGGAGUUGCGUACACUAACAAGUCAGCGGGGAACACUGCUAGGUACAAAACAGCCUCAGGGGAUAAUGUGCUGCAAACCAACGAAAUUACGGAACUACUACGGAAAAUGUGCGAUUCGUUUGCACUUAGUCAGGAGAAACUAUUGACAUCUAGAUCUAGGCCUUUCACAAGUGACAUGCAAGUACAGUGCGGCCCAGAAAUUGAUACAAAUAAUGAAUUCUUAAUGCCUGAAAGAGAUGAAAAUAAAAUAAAUAAGAAGGAUGAUGAAAAACAAAUUGAUAAGGAUAUAAAUGAAAAUAAUUGUGAGCCGAAUGUAAAUAAAAACAAAACGUUCCCUCCUCCACCCACAGAAAAAGACAUAGUCAAAAUCGCACUUUCUGUAGUGGAUCGAGAUGCUAUAAUGCAAAAGUUUAUCAACGAACUCGAGGAUUGGAAGGAGAUGCAACAAGAAUUGUUUAAAUGUCAAUUGAAACGCAAGGAAGAGUACCACCUAGAACUACUCGCAAAAGAGUGGGAGAAGAGACGAGAAGAGUUAGAGAGCAAACUGAGCCGCGGCGUGGAACGGUGUCGUACUCUGGCCAAUGACUUAAGCCAAGCGACUGAAGACUUUCGUUUAAGGGGAUAUAGAAAUACUGAAAGGGAAAGAAAGUUAUUAGAAGCAAAGAAAGCUCUAGAAGCUCACUACACGGCCAAGUAUCAGGAGUUAAGGGAAGCCUCACAGAAAAUGGAAGACGACAUGCAUCAUCAGAUUAAAUUGAAGGACAUGAGGAUCGAGGAAUUGGAGUUAAAAGUACAGCAGCUGGAGAAACAAGUUGAAGUGCUAAAGAAUAAUAUGAGAAACAUGGAGAAGGAUGCGGAGAGUAAAUAUUCUGGUUUAACAAAGGAUCAGACUGCAAGUCUAAUACAAGAAUUGCGUUGUUUAGAAGAGAAGCUGGACAGUGCGGUCCAGUCAAAGGCCUUUUUCAAAGAGCAAUGGGGCCGAGCGGUCCGUGAACUGCAUCUUACCAAGAUGAGUUCACGGAGGAAUAUGCUGGCACAGUUGAGGAGGGAGAAGGGUCUUUUGAACCAAGUUGGUUUGGAUACAAUUGAUGAUAGCGAGAUAAGCAAAGCAGAUCUGAGUGAAAAUGACAUAAAUAAGUUGAAGGAUGACUUUUAUGCUGAUUUGCUGGCGAACACACCGCCCCUGGAAUCACAUUCUGCGAACAGUAUACCGGGUCCCGGUGGCUUGAACAUGUUCGGCGAUAAUAUGAAAAAAGACUCAAAAAACACAAUGAAUGACAAAUUAGGUGAUCUUAUAAUGCAACGCGAUCGGCUUAUACAACAAGAGAAUCCUGAUGAGGCUACGCUCAAGCAACUCAACAAUGAAAUAAGAAGUAUUUUGAUGAACUGUGGUACUUAA